UUUUACAUUGACUCUACAAACUGUGUGGCGGAAGCAGUUUGAGCUGCGUUCCUUGUGUUUACGAAUUGACACCUGGAUCAAUGUUAGCAGCAAAAAUAAAACUGCACAUGGGAAUAAUACUGUACCUUACUUCUUUUCAAAUACGUACUUAAACAUGAUCCUUCGAGUUCGACUCAACAGGCAGACGAGCCGUGUAGAGCUACAUGGAGAAGACCCUACUUUAUCAGAACUUACCAAUCAUAUCAGAAACACACUACUGCCUUCACAGGGCCUGAGUGCCAACACAGAGUUCAGCCUGUCCUUGAAUGGCACAGAGCCUCUCUCAGACAAUGGGCAGACUUUGACUUCGUGCAGCAUUGUCUCUGGAGAUUUGAUCUGUGUCAUACUGCCUGGCCAUGUUGUUGCGGUUUCAUCCUCUGCUUCCACUGAGCAGAUGCCGAAUGCUACCAAUCAGAUUCAGACACAGCAUACAACAUCAAUGCCCAACGAUGAACCCAGCUGCAGUAGCCCUGCAAUUCACAAUGAGAUCUCAGAACACACAGUCCCCAGUUGGGAGCCUAUGUUAUGCAGUGAGGCAGAGGAUAGCCAAGCACCUCUUUCUCUUGAGCUCCUCUAUCAUGCGGCCCACAGCACAAGUCCCAGUGAUGCCAUCAUUAUAGUUGGACACCUGCUGAUGCUUGAAACAGGAUUUACUCAUGAGGGAGGUGAGCCUCAGUCAGUGGACAUGCCUGCUGGAUGGAGAGGAGCAGGAGGAGUAUAUAAGCUGAAGUACAGCCAUGCUCUGUGUGAGAACAGCCUAGCACUUCUGGCAGCUGUGUGUACCGGCCCUGCCCUUGUGAUUAAUGCAACCUUGAAAGUUAAUGAAAAAGCAUGUGCAGCUGGUAAACUAUGUCUGAAUCCAUCCAGCUAUGUUACCAAUGAGUGGCCAGGGGAGCAUGCUGCUGCAGCUUUCAAAGAUCUGAAAAAACUGUCCAGAAUAUUCAAAGAUGCGCUGGCAUAUCCUCUGAUUGCUGCCGCUAGAGAAGCCAUAGCUUUGCCUGUAGCCUUUGGUUUACCAGCUCUUCCACCAGAGCUCCUGCUCAGAGUGCUUCGGCUACUGGAUGUACACUCACUGACAAGGUUGUCCAUGGUCAACAGACACUUUCACAACACCACAUCUGACUCUACACUGUGGAAGCAUCUUUUUCUGAGGGACUUCAGAGCUUUUUUGUCACUAGACUCUGAUGCCUGGAGCUGUUCCAGAGACACAAACUGGAAAGAGCUUUAUAGAAAGCAGUACAAGAUUCGCAAGGAACGGCAUAGGCUGAGACUUAAUCGCUCUUUACCUCCAUACCCAAACCUUGAUCCAUUUCACACUGGGCCAAAUUUUGAACCCUUUGUCCCAGGGAUUAUUGGUGGCAUAUAUGAUCAGCGACCAACUCUUCCACGUGUUAUGUUACCCCGCCCUCGCCAUGACCCUCUUGGUCUAAUUCGUAGCUACACACCAAGAUCAGGAGGCAGAGACAAAGGCUUCAUCUGACAUGGUUGUCAACUAUUCAAAUAAACCCAGAUCUGAGUUACAUUUUGUUGUCCAUAAUACACUUACCAAAUAAACCAAAUACCACA